AUGGGGGGUUACAAAGAGGAUGAUCAAGGCAAGGCAAUUUUUGUAAAAGAAAAAGUAAUGAGUGAUAGCUGGUGGGAUAAAGUGGACUACAUUCUUGCCUUCACUGGACCCAUUUAUGAGAUGAUAAGGGCUUGUGAUACCGAUAAGCCAAGUCUACAUUUGUAUAUGAGAUGUGGGACUCUAUGCUUGAAAAGGUUUUAUAGUGAGGCAUGGCUUGAAGAAAAUCCAAAUAGAGUACCUCCGCAUAGAGACACAGAAAUAUCUGAAGGAAGAGUAAGUUGUUUUAGAAGACUAUUUCCUGACAAUGCUGAUUUUGCCCGAGCUAUGGAUGAAUAUACCAUGUUCUCAUACAAGUCUGGAGUAUAUAGGGGUGGAGAAAACUUAUAUACUAGGGGUAACAUGGAUCUUAUGUCAUGGUGGGUUAACUUUGGUUCAUCUACUAGUUUGCUUCAAGCUUUGGCCUUCAGAUAUCUUGGACAACCUACUUCAUCUUCAUGUUGUGAACGUAAUUGGAGCAUAUAUUCUUUUAUUCACUCACUUAGGAGAAAUAGGUUGAAUCCAAAACGAGCUGAAAAUUUGGUGAAGAUUCACACUAAUCUGCGUCUUCUAUCAAGGAACACAAAUGAAUACACAGCUGGGAAGACAAAAUUGUGGGAUGUAGGUGGUGAUCAAUUUGAUGUCAUGGAUGAUGGGAACGAUGAAAACGCCUUUCUAGAGUUUGCCGACCUUUCUCUUGAUGAACCGGAUCUUGAAUCUGUAUUUUUUACUUAG